AUGGCCAGCACCACAAGGUGCUCAGCUGGUGCCGGCGUCGCUGCUCCACUUCACUUCGUAUCCGUAUGGCAACGAGGCUCCAUAAAGCCUCCGCAGCAUCGUGGAACUGGAGUCUGUGAAGAAGCUUCGGCAUUGGCUCGGUGGAUACUGAUUCUGGGGGCCAGCCAACUAUCUUUGGGCAGGAGGAGGUGCGCCAGAUUGUCGAGACCAGUCUGCAGCACUCUAACCAGGAGAGUUGCCCGAGGAAAGGAGGACAACGGCAGGCUCUUAGCGCGAGAUCCGCGAGAGAUCUCUGAUCCGCUUUACUGCCCACUUUGCAAAGUGCAAUGCACCAGCACUGCCAUGCUGGCGCAGCAUGUCGCGGGAAAGCGGCACAAGAAGAUGUUGAAACGGACAGGUCUGCCGGACAUUUACGUGCCGGAGGCAAGGAUAGGCGAUGCAAGAAACAAGCAGGGUAAGCAGAAGAUGACGAAGAAGAAAUGGCGUCAGCUGGUGUCUGGAAGAAAGCUUUCGGCCCUCCUGGCGACUGUGAGAGCCUCUCCUCGGGACGGACAGGUGUCGAACCUGGGUGACCUGCUUUCCGUGGCAGCUGCUGUUGGUGGAGGUCAAGAGUUCGCAGAAGUCCUGGACUUGGUGGUCGAGCGCAACGUGAGGAUCAACGUAGCAACAUACCACAAAGUCCUCGCAGAACUACUGUUUCGGGUGCCCACGCCUGUCGCCAUGGUGCGUUUGGUUUUAAAUUUGACCAUCCGCAAGCCCGACAAUAUUGUUCCUCUUCUUCCUGAUGGGCUUGGGGAUGGGCCGAGUAAUGCCGAACUGUUCCGAGGCUGCUGCCCACGUGGAGAAGUCGCAGAAGGAAGCUCAGAUUCGAUCGAGAGUGCAUGCAGCUCCCUGCAACGGGUGGUGAUAGAAGAUCUUCUGGGAAGGGUUGAGCUUCCACAUUUUGCUGGUGGCUUCGUGGACUACUAUUCCCAUUUCAUUCCCAUACUUCACUUGGACUUCUUGGAGGAGCUGAGACAAAAGCAUCGAAUGUGGGAAAGACCCACGUCCUUGCUGGUUCAGUCCGGCAAUGCGGCCCUGCAUCUGCAUCCCGAGCCCAGUGAUGAUGGCAAGUUUUUGGUGCUGCGAACAACUUCCACAUCUUCGGCCAGGGUAUCGAAGCUCGAUGUAUCCGCAGGAAACUCAUUUGUGCUUUCAAAGGCUGGGGUGAGUGUGAUACAUGGUGGAGCCACCUGUUUUGCACAGGCAGUUUACUCGACCUCAGCCGUGUCAUCAGAUGCUGAAACUGAGCUAAGCGAUACCGAUUUCGCAUUGGCAUUGGAUGUCGGUGGAAAACGGAAAGUGCAAGAAAUUUGUUGCCAGGAGGAGCUUGUAGAUGUAUACUCCGCUAUAAACAUUCUUGCUUAUCAGCGCCAGCUUGCAGCACUCGGAGACAUUGCAGGGAGAGCAGAGAAGAAAAGGUUCCCACUGUGGGAAUUGCUACCUUUGAGUGGCGUGGGCGGUGACAUCGUGGAUUCAUGGGCGACCAAGAUGCGAAGCAAGCUGCAGAAGGCGAAGGCAGGAGGAAGGUUCGGCAGCCGUAGCUUGCCGAAUGCUGAGAACGAUGUGAACAUAUUGAAGCUUAAGUCCUUGGCUGAGGAAGAUCUCAGCCCUGGAGGCAAGCAGCUAGAACCUUCAGCAGAGCUAAACGAUUCCCAGAAAGAAGCAGCAGCAGCCGCACUUCAAAGACGGCUAACAGUGAUCCAAGGGCCACCUGGCACUGGUAAAACUCACGUGUCGGUCGAGAUUCUUCGACUCUGGUCGCGUGUAGGAGUGAGGCCUAUUCUUGUAUCGUCCCACAACAACGUUGCAGUGGACAAUAUCGCAGAAAGUGCUUGUGCAAAAGGCCUGAAUGUCGUUCGGCUUGCCAAGCCAGACCGUAUAAGCUCUGCUUUGGAUCGAUGUUCAUUGGACUCCAUUUUGCGAGAGACCUGCGACGAUUACAUGGAUCCAAGUGCUAGGUUUCUGGCGACAAGAAGGAUCCUGGAGGGAGCGGAUGUUGUUUGCGUCACCACAAUCGCAUCAGCAACUUCACUUCUCAAGCGCCUGCAGUUUGGCGCAAUAUUGAUGGAUGAAGCUGCUCAGACCACGGAGCUUUCGGCGCUGGUACCUCUUGCUCAUCUUCGGGCAGACCGCCUGGUCCUUGUUGGUGACCACUGCCAGCUACCGGCUGCUGCCCUGUCACUCGAGGCCGAGACGCGCGGCCUGACUCUUUCCCUUUUCCAGCGCUUGGUUCUCAGAGGCUUUCCUUCUUUCUUUCUCGAUACACAAUUCCGCAUGCAUCCAAGCAUUGCGGAGCACAGUUCGCACGUGUUUUACGAGUCCAAGCUGCUUUCUGGGGUUUCCGCUGCCAUGCGGCCUCCACCUGCAGGUUUCGAGUGGCCAUGCCCUACAGAGGGAAUAGCAGUCAUAGAUACCGGUCGUGACAACGAUUGCUCCGAAGAGAAGAACGGACAGUCAUGGUGCAAUCCUGGUGAAGCUGUGCUGUUAACCCAAAUUCUGAGUAGCGUGCUGGACGCAGCCGAGCUACAAGCAUCUCAGAUCGGGGUGGUUACCCCUUACGCUGGCCAAGUCCGCACACUUCGGCGCUUAAUUCGCAAAUACUUGAGCCUGAGCCCUGAAGCUUCGAAAGAGCUGCUGGUUGCUUCUGUGGACUCGUUUCAGGGUCGCGAAAAGGAACUAAUUCUGUUCAGCUCCGUGCGCUGCAAUCGUGGUGGGCGCGUGGGCUUCCUGGCUGACUGGCGCCGCUUGAAUGUCAUGCUCACGAGGGCACGGCGAGGCUUGAUAAUCGUGGGCAACUGCUGGACUCUGAGGGCUGACCCAUACUGGCGAGCUUACGUAGAUUGGGCAGACAGAAGGGGAUAUGCCCUUGACUUCAAUCUGCCGCAGGCGACGCCGGCUGCAACACGGUAA